GACACGCUGGGUUUUUGCAUGUCUCCUUAACGCCACCUUGUUUCUACUAUUCUGAGAAAUUUCUAGGAAUAGCUUAGACCAUUUUAGAGAAGUCGACAGUGGUCUUCUACCUAGAGUUCACGGAGUGUUCAGUCCAGUCAAAGUAAAUGAAUUUAGUUUCCGAAGGAAGUCGAUGAGCAUCGACUCUGUUCCGAUUAGUUCCGAAAUCAACUUGUAGUGGAUGGGGAUUAUUUUCCGAAUGAAUACGAUACUACCCGACAUGAUUUUGAGACCAGAUAUCUUUCCUUCUGGAUGAUGGGAAAUAGUCUCCGUUGGAAGAAAUUGGCGCGCAAUGCUCAGGAUACACAUGUUUGUUGAUCAUUAGAUGUUGCAAAUUUGCAAAAAUGGCCGAUCAAAAGUCGAAAAAAAUUGACGAAAAUAACGUGGAAGACACAAAGGAAGACGGCAGUGAAAAGGAGCAAUCUGCCGCAUCGCAAGACGAGACAAGCGAUACAACACAGUCAAGCGAUGAUUCACCUAACAAAGCUAAAAAACCUGCAAAGGAAAUAAAGAAUAAGAAAGAAGAUAAAAAGAAGGAAGAUAAAAAGAAAGAAGAAGAAUCGGAGCAGGAAAGCAGUGAUGAUGAAGAAUUAGUUGGAAUACUGGACGCACCACUUGUAGUGGAAGGAAAACGUGUCAGGAAAUCAACAGAGUUUCUUUCAAGUCUUAUCACAGCACCUCAAAGUAAAGAAAGAAGAAAGACAGAUAUUCCUGAGGGAAAAGGUGAAAAGUUAGGAUCAAUGCCACGAGUUCAAUUACAGCUAAGUAAAAUUCCUGGGGAGGAACUAAAACCACUUCAUAAAAUACUUUUCGGCAGGCCAGGAACUGCCUCAGAGGUAAAGAAACAUAUUAAACAAUUUAAUGGCUUUAAUAUUGAGAAGGGUUCGAAAGAAUACCAGGUGAAAAAGGAGCAAGUUGAUCGGUUUACACAGGAUAGUAUGAAGAGAUUGUGUGAAAUUUUGGAUGUUGAAAAAAAAGGGUCUAAGGAAGAUGUUUUAGAAAGAGUUAUGGACUUCCUGUUAUGUCCAAAAGCAUCAGGAAAGGAGGUACCUGUCAAGAAAGGCCCUAAAAACAAGAAAAAUAAGAAACAACCGGAAUCAAAGGCAAAGAAAGUGAAACCAAAGAAGGCAAAGUCGAAUGAAAAUGUUGAGUCAGAUAAAGAUAGUGAUGAAGAGAAGGACGAUGAGCCUCCAAAGAAAAAGGCAAAAUCAUCAACAAAAGAAAAGAAGGAAACUAAAAAGCCUGCAAAAAAAGAGAAAAAGGUUGUUUCAAUAAAAAUAUCUCCUGGAAAAAAGGCAAAGAAAACAAAAGAAAAAAAAGCAGAACCAGACAAUGAUGAAUCUUCAGAUGAUGAACCAUUAAGCAAAAAGGCAAAGAAAUCUCCACCUAGCAAUGAGGAAAUUGUUGAACUUGUCAAAGAACUAUUAGAUGGAGCAGACCUUGAAAAAAUCACUAUGAAAUCUGUAUGCAAACAGGUUUACGACCAUUAUCCGGCUUUUGAUCUUACUGAUCGUAAAGAAUUUAUCAAAGAGGCAGUUAAGGAGAUUAUAACUUAGGCUAUUAAAGAAAAGAAGAAAUGAAUGGAAACAAAAUAAAACCAACAACUAUGAGCAGCAAAAACAGGCCAUUUGUGUACAAAGAAAUCUCAACUCUUUACUUUUCAAACUCAUUUCCCUUGUGUAAAUUCAGCAAUAUUUUAAAUGCAUAAUCUGCAAAAAUUUUACCCUUAUAUUAUAGACCGUAGGCUAGGAGGAGUAUCUAUAUUGCUAUUAGCUGUUCGUGAUAGCUAUUUUAUUGUCAAGAUGAUGUCACAUUUUUAUAAAAUGCAUCUUUUAUUCUUUAGA